UGUGAAUAUAAACUACACUAAAUUUUCUCUCUUCAAUUCUCAUGGAAGAAUGUGGAAAUGCAAUUGGAUUUCUUGAGAAUAAGAGCAUCUUGAUCACUGGUUCCACUGGUUUUCUUGCAAAGAUUUUGGUGGAGAAAAUAUUGCGGAUUCAACCAAAUGUGAGAAAACUCUAUCUAUUGCUAAGGGCGGCGGAUGAAAUUAUAGCCAUGCAACGUUUCUGUAACGAGGUGAUGGAGAAGGAUUUGUUUCGAGUGUUGAAGAAGAAAUGGGGUGCAAAUCUGAAUACAUUUAUUUCAGAAAAAGUAUGUGUGGUUUCUAGUGAUAUCUCACUCUCACAUAUGGGUUUAAAAAAUUCAAUUUUGGUUGAAGAAAUAAAGCAUCAAGUACAAAUCAUCAUUAAUUUGGCUGCAACAACCAACUUCAAUGAAAGAUAUGAUGUAGCACUUGGCACCAACACCUUGGGAGCUAAACAUGUUGUAAACUUUGCAAAGCAGUGCCCUAAUUUUAAACUUCUUGUUCAUGUAUCCACUGCUUUUAUCUCAGGAGAAAGAGAAGGACUUAUCUUAGAAACCCCACAUAAAUUGGGAGAGUCUCUUAAUGGGACAGAAGGAUUAAACAUUGAAAUAGAACAAAAAGUAGUAGAAGAAAGAUUAAAGCAACUUAAAGACAUUGAAGCUUCUGAAAAAGUUGUAACAAUAGCCAUGAAAGACUUGGGCAUCCAAAGGGCUAAUAUGUUUGGAUGGCCUAAUACAUACACCUUUACAAAAGCAAUGGGUGAAAUGGUAAUUGAUGACCUAAAAGAUAAUCUACCUUUGAUCGUUAUACGACCCACUAUAGUUACGAGUACUUACAAAGAGCCUUUUCCUGGUUGGAUCGAAGGCGCCAGGACCAUCGAUAGCUUAAUUGUUGGAUAUGCUAAAGGAAAACUAACAUUCUUCUGUUGCGAUAUUAAUUCAAUCCUUGAUGUGAUCCCAGCAGAUUUGGUAGUGAAUACAAUUAUCAAGACGAUGACAGUGCAUAAACUCCAAAUAUGCAAUCAAAUAAUAUAUCAUGUGGGUUCUUCCAUAAGAAAUCCAAUGAAAAUGAGUGAUCUACGACGUUUCAUGUUUCAAUACUUUACUGAAAAACCAUGGAUUAAUGGAGAUGGAAAUGCCAUCAAGGCUAAGAAAGUCAAUGUCUUCAACAACUUGGAUAGCUUCCAUAGAUACAUCACCAUUCGCUACUUAUUUUUUCUCAAGGUUUUGGAAUGGGUAAACAAAGCAUUAUGUCACUCUUUUGAAGACAAGUAUAUUGAUCUUAAGAGGAAAUUAAGUUGGGUGAUGAGACUACUACAACUUUAUCGCCCAUAUCUCUUCUUCAAGGCCAGAUUUGAUGACACCAACUUUGAAAAAUUGGGAAGGCCUACACGAGACAAUGAAACAGAUAGAGAGACACUAUUUUUGGACCCAAAGGAUAUCAAUUGGGAAAACUACUUCGUCAAUGUUCACAUUCCUGGUCUCGUUAAAUAUGUCAUCAAAUGAUUCGAUUUAGAUCGAAAUGGGUAAUUUUAACACUUUGGACUAUUUUCUCUUGUCAUAAAAAAAAUUAAUAACCAUUGAUUUUUUUAUUAGAUCAAUCAUGACAAAGUGGAGAAUCGAAAAUUGAUUCUUUAUCUGAGUAAUGUCGAAGAA